GGUAUGCGGGGGAUGUGCGGAGGAUGACUAAGAAUAGCAUUGUAUCAGCGUUGUAAAUAGGUAUCCAUCGAUACCCAGGAUACACGCGAUGAACAGAGGAUAGGAGGCGCGGGAUGUAUCGAUAUGGGGAAUGUGCGGGUGAUGUGUGCGCGCUGUUCAAGAACGAACAUAUACCUGGGGACAAGGCUGAGGAUUUUAAAAAAUUAUUCUUAUAAGAAAGCGUGUUCUAAGAAUAAUGCUGAGGUAGGUUCUUUAUAGAUCGUUUAUCACCCGAAGUUGACGAAAAAUUUGUUUAUUUUAUAAGCAACUAAAGAUUUUGGUCAGAUCUCAAGCUGCACAUAUUUCAGUAAAUAUCUACAAUCGUGUGUUUAAUUUUUGGGGAAAUGGUUGUUUUUUUGGCCAUUUAUCGAAAUGCUAGAACGGCAUCGCCUGACAAAUGCUCCGCAGUCGAAAGGCUAUAAAAGUUCUACUUAUGUGAAGGGUAGGUAAGGAGCGUUACAAAUGCGCUAGUCGCGGUUUCUGCGAUUUCCACAUUGUAUACUAACGUGAAGGGCCGGAAAGUUCCAAAAAUUUUCCAUGUUGUCGUCGACAAGAUAAUUAAACUUUGAGAUUUCGGAUCUAACCAAAUAACCCAACAUCCUAAGUCAUUGCUUAUGGGUAUGAUCUUAUACAAGCAGAAAAAUUGAAAUUGAUUAAGACUGCAGAAACGAACAAAAUGGUGAAUGUAGCUACGGACUUGACGAAGAUGUUAAAAAUCAACAUCAAAUCAAGAUUUGAUAGCCACACAGACCAGUACAACAGGAUAUUUAUGGUCAAGCUGCUUCUUGUGUGUUCUAUUAUCAUGGGGAUUAGCUGGUACUCAGACUCCAUAAAUUGUAUUGUGCCAGAUUCGCACAAAAUCGAUGAAAAAUUUGUUUCGUCUGCAUGUUGGAUACAGGGUGUAUAUGUAUUCAAAGAGUUGCAAGACAAACAAGAAAUGGUGGCUUACUAUGGCUUGCCAAAAAGGAUGAGCGAUGAUGGGCUGUAUGGAAACAGAUAUUUCUGUUCUAUUGAAGAAGAAGAUAAAUAUAAAAUGUUAUCAAACAGAAAAUGUGUUGCCAUGAAAAAGACCUUUUAUUUACAAUAUCAAUGGAUGCCAUUUCUUACUGCAGCGCUAGCUAUUCUUUACUACCUACCUUACGUCUUCCAACGAACUGUUAAUAGCGAGUUUUUAACAUUAACAAAAAGCAUUAAAGAAGAAUCACCUGAUGCGACAAAGAUUGCUCAGUAUUAUUUUGAUAGAACAAGCAGAACUGUCGGUUGCUGCGGAACCUUUUUGAAGGUGUUGUUGAAUUUACUUAUAAAAAUGAUGUACAUUGUGGUGAAUGCGUUCAUCUUUUACGCGUUGAAUUACCUGUUUAAUGGUGAUUUUUAUUAUUAUGGAACACAGUGGUUAAAAUGGAUGCGACAUAAUAACACAAUUGCGUAUGACUACAUGGGCUUAAGAGAUUUCCCUAAGCCAGGUAAUGAACUGCUUCCACCUUUUGGCUACUGUGAACUGUACGAAGUAGCCAAAGAAAAGGUAGAAAGGCGUGCUAACCAACAUAAGUUUAUUUGCGAAAUGUCUCAAAAUGUUUUAUAUCAAUACUGUCUCAUCGUGUUAUGGUUUGCCAUCCUUCUUGGGAUUGUAUUGUCUGUCAUCGGCUUCUUAUUUCUGCUCAUGCAUUACCUAUUUGGAAUUUGCAUCAGACAAAAGUAUCAGUUCAAGAAGAAGCUGUAUGGAAUAGCAUUAACAUUUCGCGAAUUGGAAUAUUUGGAUUUCAUCAGGAAAAAGAAUGUUGUUCUAUACGGAGAAGUUUUAAUCAAAUUGCGUGAAUUAGGAAAAUAGACAUUUCUUUCCAAUUUUUUGUUACUUUAACUACUGAACAUAAGAAAAUAGACAUUUCUUUCCAAUUUUUUGUUACUUUAGCUACUGUACAUAAGAAAAUAGACAUUUCUUUCCAAUUUUUUGUUACUUUAACUACUGUACAUAAGAAAAUAGACAUUUCUUUCCAAUUUUUUGUUACUCUAACUACUGUACAUAAGAAAAUAGACAUUUCUUUCCAAUUUUUUGUUACUUUAACUACUGUACAUAAGAAAAUAGACAUUUCUUUCCAAUUUUUUGUUACUUUAACUACUGUACAUAUUCGUAAAUAGUUA